UGUUCUCUGAGCCAGGAGGCGUAGCCUGGUUUCAGGUGAACGGAACUUAAGAUAUAAAAAAAAAGAGAGAGACAGAGCAGGAGUUAGCAGGAGACAUCACCCGCAGGUCAGGAUGUUUCGCAGCUCCAGGAGGCGCAAGUCACAGGGUACGGAGGUGACAAUAACAGGAGAGGGACAGCCAUGCCUUUCGUGUACGGAGCGAUGCCCUGGAUUUCUUGCACACAGAUGGAGGAAGAUUUGUCAGCAUUGCCAAUGCCCAUGGGAAGAACAUGGCAGUGCAGACACUCCCCAGGAUCUGGAACGCUCGUUGUGCAGACUGGUACCUGGGGCACAGCGCCAUUCUUUGUGCGACAGUAGUUCUGACAGCUCCUUGGAAAAGUAUACAUGGGUACCACCUGGAUUAACCCCUGAGCAGGUUCAGCAGUACUUCAGCAAUUUCCCAGAGGAUAAGAUCCCGUAUGUACAGAGCAAGGGGGAGAGAUACAGAAUAAAGCAACUUCUCCACCAACUUCCUCCGCAUGACAACGAGGCCCGGUACUGCUGCUCUUUGCAGGGAGACGAAGAGGACCUGCUGACGCUCUUCAGCCAAAAGAGGAAGGUGGAAAACCUGGGCCGUGGGUCUGUGCGUCCAGUCUCCAGAACCAUGAGUGGGACCGUGUGCCAGAGGUGUGGGCAUCAGAUCAGUGCUGGCGACGUGGCUGUUUUUGCCUCCCGAGCAGGGCUGGGAUCUUGCUGGCACCCUCAGUGCUUUACCUGUGCCCGCUGUUUUGAGCUGUUGUGUGACCUCAUCUACUUCUACCAGGAGGGGCAGGUGUAUUGUGGGCGACACCAUGCUGAGCUUCAGCGCCCACGCUGCCUGGCAUGUGACGAGGUGAUUUUCUCGACAGAGUGCACACAGGCUGAGGGUUACCACUGGCACACAAAACACUUCUGCUGCUUUGAGUGUGAAUGCACUCUGGGAGGCCAGCGCUAUGUUAUGAAGGACAGGCGUCCCUAUUGCUGCCCUUGUUACGAGAGGAUCUUCUCCCAGUACUGUGAUAGCUGCGGAGAGAGCAUUGGUAUAGAUGAGGGCCAGCUGUCUUACGGAGGGCAGCACUGGCAUGCAUCAGAGGGCUGCUUCUGUUGUGGAAGGUGCAGGACAUCUCUGCUGGGCAGACCUUUCCUACCACGACAUGGACAAAUUUACUGUUCCCGGAGCUGUAGUUUGGCACGAACAGCGAGUGAGCACUCAAUAAGCCCCUCACAAAUAGAGAUCCCUUUAAGGAAAGAGACACGAGAUGUGGGCACCUCUACAAAUCAUAACCCAGAAGGAGAAGAUAUCAUUGGGGAGAGCAGAAUGGGAGGACGCUCUGUAUCUAUGUUAGAUCAGUCAGGGACAACCCAAACCUGCCACUUGCACACUCCGCUAAUGCGUUCUUUACACUCCAGUUUACGUAGAGUUCCCAAUGAAUUCUCACGUGACUGUUCCCAAAGACGUUCUCUGCCUGACUUAAGCAGUCAAACACGGACAGCAACUCGGGUCACUUUCAAAAUACCACUCAGCUCUGAACUCAAAGAACCUGUAAGGUUUUCUCAUCCUUCUUUCACAUCAUCCUCUUCUUCUGAUGAAGAAGAAGAAGGUUACUUUCUAGGAGAACCUAUUCCCUUGCCCCCAUUUAUGAGAUCCCCAGGAUACAAAGCUCCACCGACUCCAGUUUCAACCCCAAAAAAGAAAGACAAGAGUUGCAAUUUAUCGUGACUUGACCAUAAGAUCACCAUCUUUCAUCUUUGUGAAGGUCUUCAGAAUCUGAAGGAAUAGUUUUUGACUUUGGAACACCUGACUUAUCAAUGUUACCAUCAAAAAACAGAGGACCUACCUAAUUUUGGAAUACAAGCAAGGUAGCAAAUAGCUCAAUUUUACACUGUCCCAUAGCACUUCUGACUGUGAAAACACCCAAAUUAUGCUAUUUAAUAAACCACAUCACUAAUAUCAACUUUUUUUUAUUCUGUUGUGAGAAA